AGCAGGAAGCAGUUCCACACCAGCGACCGGAAGUUCUGUGCGAAGACAGGAACAACAAAGAAGAGAGAAAGUGCCCGGGUUUUAAAACAUACUUAAAAAAAAAAACAAGGGAAUUAACGUAUUAUUCGCAGUAGGGCGAAAGAAUUUGGUUUGCAUGUGAGGACAAGUGUCUGCCCGAGCCACGAGCCAACCAUGGCGAACAAUACAGAGGAUAUUGAGAACAAUAUGGACCAACAGGAGACCAAUGUGGCCCCUGAACCCACCCAGCAGCCACAGGAGGCUGCCGUGACCAGAGCGCGGUCCAGAGGAGGCUCAGGAGGAGGUGGAGGCGACGGCGGAGGUGGAGGUGGAGGUGGAGGUGGAGGUGGAGGUGGCAAUGGCAAUGGCAGUGGACCGGAGCAGAACGGGCAGCCCCCCACCGCUCGCGCUCCACGCGUGGUGGAGGCCGAGGAGGACGAGGACGAGGAGCUGACCUUGAAAUACGGGGCCAAGCACGUCAUCAUGCUGUUUGUUCCCGUGACCCUCUGCAUGGUGGUUGUCGUGGCAACCAUAAAGUCUGUCAGCUUCUACACCCAGAACGACGGGCAGAGAUUGAUCUACACACCGUUCCCUGAAGACACAGACACAGUAGCACAGCGAGCCCUCAACUCCAUCCUGAACGCCACCAUCAUGAUCACUGUGAUCAUCGUCAUGACUUUGGUGCUGGUGCUGUUGUACAAGUACCGCUGCUACAAGGUGAUUGAAGGCUGGCUCUUCCUCUCCUCCCUCCUCCUGCUGUUCUUCUUCUCCUACAUCUACCUCAAAGAGGUUUUUAAGACCUACAAUGUGGCCAUGGACUUCCUCACCCUGGCGCUAAUAAUUUGGAACUUCGGAGUGGUGGGCAUGAUGUGUAUUCACUGGAAAGGACCGCUGCGGCUCCAGCAGGCCUACCUCAUCAUGAUCAGCGCCCUCAUGGCCCUGGUGUUCAUCAAGUACCUGCCAGAGUGGACCGCCUGGCUCAUAUUAGCCGUUAUAUCUGUCUACGAUCUGUUAGCGGUGCUCUGUCCCAAAGGGCCUCUGAGGAUCCUGGUGGAGACGGCUCAGGAGAGGAACGAACCCAUCUUUCCAGCUCUCAUCUACUCUUCUACAAUGGUGUGGCUCGUCAACAUGGCCGACACUGACAGGCCGAAAAGGAACUCGACAGAAGCAGCAUCACCUCAACAAGAGGCUCCAGAAGCCGUGGCGUCCCCGGCUCCCUCCACUCUGUCACAGGACGACGGAGGCUUCUCCUCCACCUGGGUCAACCAGCAGGAGCACCAGCUGGGGCCGCUCCAGUCCACCGAACAGACCAGACGAGAGGUCCAGGAGAUGCCCUCCGCUCGUCCUCCUGUUGAAGACGACGACGAGGAAAGGGGCGUCAAGCUGGGCCUCGGAGACUUCAUCUUCUACAGCAUGCUGGUGGGAAAGGCCUCGGCCACAGCCAGCGGUGACUGGAACACCACGCUCGCCUGCUUCGUGGCCAUUCUCAUUGGCCUGUGUCUGACCCUGCUCCUCCUCGCCAUCUUCAAGAAAGCUCUGCCCGCUCUGCCCAUCUCGAUUUUUUUCGGCCUGGUCUUCUACUUCGCCACAGACAACUUGGUACAGCCCUUUAUGGACAAGCUGGCGCUACACCAAUUCUACAUUUAGCAGGACGCUGCCCUGAUAACCCUCACCCACAUAGCCCUCCGGCCAACAACACGAGAGCGGUCCCUUAACAGCCGGGGAACAAAGGGUGAUGCAGGGGCCCCUCCCGCCUCCACAUCCUCUCCUAAGAACUCAUGAUGACGGGACACAAGUUGUUUUUGUUCUGCCUUUCUUUUUCCGGCGCCAAGGGAGGGUAUUCCCCACUACAGCUGUUCUUAAAUAUUUUAUUUCCGUUUUAAACCAAGAAGUGACAUUUCUAGCUCGACUUGGGAACUCCUCUUCAAAUCGUCGAUCACCAGUCUCAGGCUCCAUCCAAACUGAGAGAAGUUAGUGGGAAUAUCUGACCUUUUAUUUAUCCAGGGAGGCUUCACAAGAGCUCCGCCUGCUCCUUUUCAGCAGCGCCCUGCUUCACAUUCACACAUUCAUACCUGGGAGCUGCCCAGUACAACCACAGUCUUCUUCAACCGGGGGUUCUACAGUAGGUGCCUUGCUCAGGGACACCUCGGCCGGUAGCUGUUGAGUGAAGGGGGACGGUUUCAUUAAAUCUUCCUUCAAAGACUUUUAUCAGACGUCUUCAUUUUUACGACUCGUGUGCUGCCACGCCCCCGCCCCCCUCACCCUGAAACUAAAUCCAAGAUUUAAAAAAAAGCCUUCAUCGAAUAAUGAACACUCUCUGAUGAUAUUGAUAAUAGAUUGGUAAAUGUGUAGUUUGAUUGUGUUUGAGCUGUCAGUCACCAGACGUGCUUUCCUCACCGCUGUUAAGAAUGGUUAAUGUGGGUUGUGUUUUUUUCCACUUUAGACACUAAAACCAAAGCUCUGAAGCCGGAGCCAUUUACACCCGGAAAGAUCGACACCGAACAGGAUGUUGAAAACACGUGAAUCUUUCCCACAGGGGGGGAAAAGUGGAAGAAUUUAUCGUCUCUAGAAUUAAAAUAUGAGUAUUAUUAUGACACUGACUCAUCAGAGAUUUCAUCAUGUUUUUCUGCCGCUAAUUUUUUUUACCUUAAAUCACCUUUUGAAUUCGUAGCCUGCAGAGGGAGGAGAGUUCACACACAUACACACACACUGACACACUCACACCUGAGACUUGCCUGCCAUGUCAGUCACGUACUGUCAGCCACUGAGCAGUUCUGCUGGAGCGGUUGGAGGUUCAGUGCCUUGCUCAAGGGCAUUUCAGUAGUAGUUGUUGUUAUUGUUAUUGUGGGACAGAAAUGUGCUUUUCAUUCUCUUCCCUGACUGAGAUUUGAUUUUGUUUUUUUGUUUUUUUUCAACCUGUCCAGGGAUUGUAACCUGUGAUCAUCUGGUCACAAACUCUGAACCUUUAGGCUAUAGCUGCCCUCAUGACGCUCGCCUGGUGCUGUCUGGAACUAUGCUACAUCAAACUAAUUAUUUCAACUAUACACAGAUUUUUUUUUCUUCAAGAUAUGCAGAAGAGAAACUUUGUACUUUUUGAAUCAUGGGGGUAAAUGUGAACAGGGUUCGUACACAGAUCAAGCAAAAUCUGAGGUGAAAGUGUGAAAACAAAAAGCUUUGACAGAAAGUCUGUGUGUGCAUUGAGGAAAAGUUCCUGAUGAAUGAGGGAGUUGUAGAUUUAGUUUAAUCUGAUACUUGAAUUUGUGA